AUGACUGAUCAAGGCCAAUCGCUGUCUCCUCCAGCCAGACCGCUGUCCAUCGCGCUUUGGAACUUCUCGUCGCAGUGGUUCCUCGUUGCGCAAGGCACAGGUAUCAUCGGUGUGAUUCUCCAUCGAUUGGAUUAUCAGUUCAAUGGUCUACAGACCCUGGCCAAGAUCGUUUGGAUUUACACUAUUGUUCUACUGGGCCUGGGCCUGGCAGGGUACCUACUCCGCGUUAUUCUGUAUCCACGACAUGUCCGGCAACAGCUGCGGCACGACCUUAUCGAGACAUCCUGCCUAGCCUCUUUGCCGAUCGCCUUCACGUCGAUUCUCCAGGUUGCAGCUCUGCAGUAUGGCCACCGUGCUGGCUUGGCGAUCUACAUCCUCUGGUGGGUUCAAACUGGUCUGGCCGUGGUGGCCUGUCUCGGCAUCCCGUAUGUCCAACUCCAACUGCAACCUCAGGGCAUCCAGCGUCUGCCCCCCGCCUCCUUGCUGCCCUUCAUCGCGGCACUGACCUCCGCAGCAGGUGGAGGCGUGAUAUGUCGCUAUACCUAUGUCAGCCCGCGCCUGCAAGUACCGGCGCUCGUUGUGUCCUACCUCGAAGUGGGCGCGGGUCUCGCCCUGGCGGCCGGCUUCGACGCGAUGAUUCUCGUCCAACAUUUCGAUCAAUUCAGACCUGCGCCGGAGAAAGUGUUCGCCGACAUGAUUGUGUGUGGGCCCUUUGGCCAAGGCGCGUUUGCGCUCCAGGUUCUCGGCGAGACGGUCCAGCACGGUAGUUUUGCGGCGUACCACCGGGGCACUUUCUUGACAGCGCAGGCGGCGAUCCCUAUCGGGUAUGCCAGUCAAUUUUUAGGCCUGCUUACUUGGGGCUCCGGGAUCUUCUGGUGGUGCUUCGCCAUCCUUAGCAUCUGCCAUACGCUGUGCGCCCAGCCAGGCGGGUGGCGGCACACUCAAUUUAGUAUGGCGGCCUGGUCGCUCAUCUUUCCAUGGGGCGUUUUCACGAAUGCGGCUGUUGAGUUUGGCAAAAUCAUGGACUCGCCGGCCUUUGCCGUGGUCUCGACGGGUCUGCUGCUCAUCCUGCUCCUCCUCUGGCUGGUCGUUCAGGGUCUGACAAUCAAGGGAAUCAUCACCGGUCGCAUUUUCGGUCUGGACCGCGGCUGGAAACGAGGUAGCCUAGGCCGCGGGGACUCCACGGAGCCUAAAGAUGUAUGA